GCACUCUCUAUUGAGUCUACACAUCAACCGAGAAACAAAAUCUCUUCCUUGUGCUCUCAUGGGAUGAACCACGGGUCAUCCAUUGGCCAAUUCGGCCGUCCAUCCAGAUCAACAUGCGACAUUGAUUGGGCCCCUGCUUUACGCGUCUCUCAACCCCAGCUGUCGAUUCUUUCUCUUUCGGGCCCGCGCUUCUCCAGUCUCCAGUCUCAGGGACGCUGUCAAUCAGUCAGGCCUUCUUUGCUUCCAAGUUGCUUGUUGCUCCUAGGGACCACCACUCCAUGUGCCCAUGCCAAGUGCCUUGGCUUGGUCGGUCCCUUAUCUUCCCGGAAUCCCACCUUGUCCACCACCUGUCUGCCGACGCAUGCGGCUGUUGUUCUUGAUUCUUCGAUUAUUCGAGGCCUCACCGCGUCCUUGUCUUCUGUCUCAACUUCCUUCGCCUUAUAUCUGGACUGGCCGUCUAGAUCGGUCUCAGCACCGGGCGCGAGGGCGGAACAAAACUACCGGGCAAAUCAAUCGCUUCGCCGUUUGCAUUUUGCAUCGCGUCCCAUCUCCACCUCAGCAAGCCACGGCCUCGUGGUAAAAUGCCUUUUUCUCGUCACGGUGGCCUCGGCCGUCGACCGUUACCGUGUGUGGUGGGAUAUGAAAGUCGAACAGGCACUUACUAGCCGCAGCCACCGAAUAAAGACGCUUAACCUGCCUUAGCGGCAUUGGCGCCUCGAAAACAAGGGGCAUCUCAGCCAUCUCCACUUCCAAUGUCGCCUUGCUGCUGCUUCGGGCCAUCUUCUCCAGCUUCUCUCCAGGCCGCUCCCUUGCAGCAAAGGUGGCUACCGGCCCUUUUG